UGUGUGUCGACUUUUAGCAGCAGAUCUAGUCGCAUGAAAAAUUUCGAAACGUAUGGUUUUCGGAAACGAAAAGUAAUCGAGGGGAAAUGCUUAAGCAGACGCCAAAUGUAGCUCGUAGAAUCUGCCACGCAAGAAAGGCCACCGGUUCCUGGCUGUUGACUCACCCCCGAUUCCUCGCCGAGUCAGCAAAUCUCUCAUCGCAUCCCAAAAUUCGGGAGCUUUCUUCUUCUUCUUCUUCGAUGCCUUAGAACACUGUAUUAUUCACUCUGCAACAAAAAAACCCAUUUCAGAAAAACGUAUAUAUAUAUAUAUAUAUAUAUGGUAUAAUUAUGGCUUGGUUCAGGAACCUAAUCCAAGUCUCAGCCACCACAAAACCAUUCAUCAAACCCAGAAACAAGAAAAACCCAUUUCCUUUUCCUAUAACCCAGCUCUUUGGGCUCGCACCCUUCAGCUCCGAGGCCAUUAAUGAGGCUCCACAGGUUAACGAGUGCUCGAAUUUGGGACCCACAAAACCCGGUGAAAAGCCGAGGGUGGUGGUGUUGGGAACUGGGUGGGCUGGGUCUCGGCUCAUGAAAGGAUUGGACCCAAAAAUCUAUGAUAUUGUCUGCGUGUCGCCUCGGAACCACAUGGUCUUCACGCCAUUGUUGGCAUCCACAUGUGUCGGGACGCUCGAGUUCAGGUCGGUGGCUGAACCCGUUGGGAGGAUCCAACCCGCUAUCUCUAAGGAACCCGGGUCUUACUUCUUCCUCUCUAAAUGUACUUCCAUUGAUACUGAUGACCAUGUGGUGCAAUGUGAGACUAUUACUGAUGGAGUAAGAACCUUGGAUCCGUGGAAAUUCAAAAUAUCAUAUGACAAGUUGGUAAUUGCCUUGGGAGCAGAGGCUUUAACUUUUGGAAUCCAUGGUGUAAAAGACAAUGCAAUUUUUCUUCGCGAGGUCCACCAUGCCCAGGAAAUUCGUAGGAAGUUGCUUCUAAAUUUAAUGCUGUCAGAUGUCCCUGGAAUUUCAGAAGAAGAGAAAAGUCGACUCCUGCAUUGCGUUGUUGUAGGAGGUGGUCCUACAGGAGUUGAGUUCAGUGGUGAACUUAGUGAUUUUAUCAUGAAGGAUGUUCGUCUAAGAUAUGCACAUGUAAAAGAUUAUAUCCAUGUUACCUUGAUUGAGGCAAACGAAAUAUUGUCUUCUUUUGAUGUUCGCCUUCGGCGCUAUGCUACCAAUCAGUUGACAAAGUCAGGAGUUCGUCUUGUCCGCGGGACUGUCAAGGAUGUCAAAGCUCAGAAGAUAAUUCUUAAUGAUGGCACAGAGGUUCCUUAUGGGCUAUUGGUGUGGUCUACUGGUGUUGGUCCAUCAACUUUUGUAAAGUCCCUUGAACUUCCUAAAGCUCCAGCUGGAAGGAUUGGUAUAGAUGAGUGGCUGCGUGUUCCUUCUGUACAAGAUGUAUAUGCAAUUGGUGAUUGCAGUGGCUUUCUUGAAAGUACUGGAAAACAAGUUCUUCCAGCUUUGGCCCAGGUUGCAGAACGUCAAGGAAAAUAUCUAGCAGAGCUAUUGAACAAAAUCGGUACAACUGGUGGAGGUCAUGCAAACUGUGCACAAGAUAUAGAUUAUGGGAAUCCAUUUGAAUACAGGCAUUUGGGAAGCAUGGCAAGCGUUGGCAGUUAUAAGGCUCUUGUGGACCUCAGACAAAGCAAGGAGGGAAAAGGUUUAUCUCUUGCUGGCUUCUUCAGUUGGUUCAUUUGGCGCUCUGCAUAUCUGACUCGUGUCGUAAGCUGGAGGAAUAGAUUCUAUGUUGCAAUAAACUGGGCUACAACUUUUGUGUUUGGCCGUGAUAUCAGCAGAAUAUAGAGUCGAAGAAGAAGGGCACCAUUCUUUUUGGAUUUUCCUUGCAGGAUCUGUUAAAGUAACCAAGUAUGCACAUUGUCCUCGUCACAGUGUGGAUUGCAGCCACUGAAUUGAGUAACAAUGACACCAAAUGAUUUAAGUUUAUACGCUUUCUAAUAAUGAAAAAAAAAAAAAAAAGUAUUUUUAUUUUAUUCUCCCCCACGCUUUUUCUGUUAUUCCUUCUAUAAUCUCAACUUUUUACACUUUUUUCUGUACAUGAAGUUCUACCAAGUAUUUAUUCAAUUUGUAACAUGUAGUUGCUGUCAUAUAAAGGCUGAUUUUUUGGAAGUUAAUAAAUUAUGUCUUUUUUA